GAUAUUAAUUUAAGUGAUAUUUUAGCGAUAAUUAAUUUAUUAAUUUUGAAUUCUAAAAUAAUGGAAACCAUUUUUCUUGCAGGUGUUUUGAAACCAGAUGGCUGCUAACUUGACUUCCAUGCAGUCAGUGUCAUCAAUAAAUGCCACGUUUAUUCAUCCCUCCAGCUUUUACAUCACUGGACUUUACAAUGUCCCACAUGCAAGAUACUACUACAUGUUUCUAUGUAUUGUGUAUGCAUUGACUGUUUUGGGGAAUUCAUUUAUAAUGGGCACCAUAUAUCUGGCACGCAGCUUACACACUGCUAAGUAUGUAGCUGUCUUCAACCUGGCCUUGUCUGAUCUGUGUGGAAGCUCUGCUCUCAUUCCAAAGCUUCUGGACAUGUUUCUGUUUGAGAAUCAGUACAUAUCUUAUGAAGCCUGUCUAGCAAACAUGUUUUUUGUUUAUGUCUUUAUGACCCAACAGUCUCUUACUCUGCUUGCUAUGGCCUAUGACAGACUAAUUGCUAUAUGCUUUCCACUGAGGUAUCACGCAAUUGUCACCAACACUGCAAUGGCUUUGUUCAUGAGUGUUAUGUGGAUUCUUUCUAUAAGUUUCAAUGCUCUGCUUGUAGGUCUAGUUACCAGAUUGUCAUUCUGUAGAUCUACUACAGUUAACAGCUAUUACUGUGAACAUGGCCCUGUGUCUAAAUUAGCCUGUAAUGAUUACUCCAUAAAUUCCGUAAUUGGCAAUGUCUGUACUGCUACACUGCUUUACCUUCCAUUGAUAUUAAUAGCUCUCUCAUAUGUUUGUAUUGGUUUUGCAUUGCACAAGAUCUCACAUAGUGUUGAGCAAACCAGAGCUUUAAAAACCUGCACCUCCCAUGUGAUAUUAGUGGCCAUGUUUUAUCUGCCAAUUAUUGGUGUUUACACUGCAGGUCGUACAACAACUGUAAGUACAAAUGUCAGAAUAAUCAACACUGCUUUGUCACAAACCAUUCCACCUAUGUUAAACCCCAUCAUAUAUACACUAAACACAGAGGAGGUACUGCAGUCUAUUAAAGUUCUCUACAAACGAAACAAAGUGAAUUCUACAAUGGAAAGAGCUGUGAAAAGGUCUGUGAGGAAUUAAAGUGACACACUAUAAACUGAA